AUGAUAUACCUCAAAUCGAUGCUUAAAGUGAUAGAUAAUUCAGGUGGCCAAAUGGCAGAAUGCAUUAAAGUGAUGAAAAAGGGCUCACCCAAAUCUCCAGGUAGAAUCGGUGAUAGAAUAGUAUGCGUUGUACAGAGGGCAAAACCAUUGACUCAAAACAUUACAGGUACUGCGAAUACCAAUAGAGUUAAGAAAGGUGAUAUAGUACAUGCGAUUGUUGUUCGUACCAAACAAAAGAAUCAAGCUAGAAGUGAUGGAUCUUUUGUAGCAUUCGGUGAUAACGCAUGUGUUUUAAUCAAUAAGAAUACUGGAGAACCAUUGGGAUCGAGAAUUAUGGCAAAUGACGGAUGCGUCAGUAGAGAAUUGAGGGAAAAGGGUUUUAACAAGAUCUGUUCAUUGGCAUCAAGAGUGGUAUGA